CAUUCACUCACUCAAUCCUCAAAGAUAAUCGCCCUUGUUUAUUUUCGUAUUUUUCUUGAAAUUUAUUGAUUUGUUAUCGCCAAGUUAAGAUUUAUCAUGAAUUUCGGACUUGUAGACUACGGAUCCUCUUCGCCUUCAUCUAGCGAAACAGAGGAGGAACCAGAACCAAGUGAAAAGCCGGCAGACGAAGUAAAACCUAGUGUGGCAAAGUUACCCAAACCUUCCCUUGAUGCCCCAGCUUUACAGACAUCAGUAUUCUCAAAUCCGUUUGUUGAAGCUGAGCUGGCGAAGGCGGCAAUAUUAGAAAAACACGUAAAAAUGGUUCCAGGGAAAGAAGAGACACAGAUGAUAAACGGAAAGAAGAUUUGCUGGAGCCACAGGAAGGGACGGUGCAGAUUUGGUCACCGAUGCAAAUUUGCUCACGACACUGACAUUCAAAAGAGCCCUGAAGAGUUGGAAGCAGAGAAACAGAGGAUCCUUUCAAGGUCUUUUUGCGAGGGUGCUGACACAGUGACUUCCACACAGCCGCAGCAUGUGCCAGUGGAAGAGGUGAACCCGACUGAUGAUGCAGUGUGGGAGGGAGGCUCUGAUAGGAAGAAGCUGAAGCGUCCCGGCCUCAGCCAGGGUCUGAUACCAGGACAAAAAGUCCUCAAAAUGUAUAAACAGCAGAAGUUAAAAGAAAAGAAAAAUUAAUUAGUGAAAAAUAUAUGUAUAAGCAUUUUACUCUACAUACUAUCAUUAUAAUAGUUAUUGUUCAUAACUCAGUGGGUUGUUUCGGUAUUUGAAGAGACCGAGAGCUAUAAUUCUAUACCUACCUACCUAAUUGGUUAGAACCUCGUAUACCCGACACCGACAGCCACUGUAGUUACCUACUGAGGUACACCUGAAUUCCUCAUUCCAUUAUUUUUGAAAUAUAAUUAUGUUUGUAGGUAUUUAGUGCAAAAUGAGAAAGCGAACUUGUUACUGUGAGGUAUCACACCUGUGAAUCUAUCCCAUCGAAGAAUAAUUGUAUACAGGGAACAAUUAUAAUUCUUAUGAUUCGAUACCCUAAAUAAAGUUAUCUAAAAUGAAAAUUCA